GGGAGGCGGAGCGGAGGCGUGGGGGCGGAGUCGCCGCGGUCUAGAGGCGGCGGCUUGCGAGCGGCGUCGGAGUCGGUGGUCUUGGCGCCAUGGCCGCCUCGGUGUUCUGCUGCCUGCGGUGCUGCAGGGACGGCGGGACGGGACACAUCCCUCUGAAGGAGAUGCCGGCGGUGCAGCUGGACACGCAGCACAUGGACGCCGGCCGGCUGCACCUCGGCCCUGUUCUGUGUUCAAGGCUACGCAGCCCUGUCUGCUCCUGUCAUCGGGAGCUGGUUGUGUGCACCUACCCACCCAUUUUCACUGGAAUCUCGGAGCAGCCGCCUCCCGAGACUCGUCAGCUGUCCCCAGGAACAGAUGUUGUCAUUGUAAAAAAUGGAAGAAGAAUAUGUGGAACGGGAGGCUGUUUAGCCAGUGCCCCUUUACAUCAAAACAAAAGCUACUUUGAAUUCAAAAUCCAGUCCACAGGAAUAUGGGGUAUUGGCGUUGCAACUCAGAAAGUUAACUUGAAUCAGAUUCCUCUUGGCCGAGAUGUGCAUAGUCUGGUGAUGAGGAAUGAUGGAGCCUUAUACCACAACAACGAGGAGAAAAAUAGGCUGCCAGCAAACAGUCUUCCACAGGAGGGAGAUGUGGUGGGUAUUACAUAUGACCAUGUAGAAUUAAAUGUAUAUUUGAAUGGAAAAAAUAUGCAUUGUCCAGCAUCAGGUAUACGAGGGACAGUGUAUCCAGUUGUUUAUGUUGAUGACAGUGCAAUUUUGGAUUGCCAGUUCAGUGAAUUUUAUCAUACUCCUCCACCUGGUUUUGAAAAAAUAUUAUUUGAACAGCAGAUCUUCUGAAUGUAUUUGUUUUUGAAACUUGUGUUUCUGCACUUUUAAGAGUGUUUACCAUUUAAUAAAGCUUUACCUGACCUGUAGAUGAAAAUAUAUUCUUAAAAAUAUGCUUGUUAAUGUUGUUCAAGGAACCAGUGUAUUCAAGAUACCAUCUGGAAGUUGUGAUUUGAAAUACUUCUGUUUUGUGAGAUGAAAUCAGCAUUUGGGGCAGUUUAUUUAAUUCUUAUUUAAAUAAAUAUAACUAUGGGUUUGAUUAACAGUAUUAAGUGGAAAUAUGUAUAUAGAUAUUUAAAAGGGAAUCUUUCUUACAUAAAAUAUUUGUUUUUAUAAUAGAGAUGUAGAGUUGGGUGGGUUUUUCUCAUUCUGAAAUUUAGACCUCAUUAACUAUUUUAAGUCUGCAGUCUAAUUUGUGUCUGAGUGUUCUUUUUUAUAUAGAGUAUAACAAAGAGAUAGAAAAUAUAUUAUUGGCAACUUCUUUUUUGGUGAUUUAUUUACAGUAAAGUGUACCCCUUUUCAUAAACUUUAAAUUGCUUA